CCCGGCGUCCUGCGGGUUCGGACGCGGGAAUCGCUGGUGUCAGGGGUCGGGGUCACAGGCCAGUGGCGUCUCGGUCGUUGUCCCGGUCCGCUCUGCUUCCCACUGUCCGAGGAGGUUUUCCUGCGAAGGCAGGGCGAUGCCGGAGAACCGGCAACUGAGGGUCCGCUCCGGGAACCAGCCUCACCCCGCGCCCACCAUGGAGCCGGCGGCUGGCGGGGACUGGGCCCACAGCCGCGCGGCGCUCGACCGGCUGGAGAAGCUGCUGCGCUGCUCGCGUUGCAAUAAUAUUCUGAGAGAGCCUGUGUGUUUAGGAGGAUGUGAGCACAUCUUCUGUAGUAACUGUGUAAGUGACUGCAUCGGAACCACAUGUCCAGUGUGUGGUACCCCAGCUUGGAUACAGGAUGUGAAGAUAAAUAGACAACUGGACAACAUGAUCCAGCUUUGCAGUAAGCUUCGCAAUUUGCUACAUGAGAAUGAGCUUUCAGAUUUAAAAGAAGAUACAUCCGGGAAAAGUUUAUUUCAUGAUGCAGAAAGCAAGAAGAAUUCAAUAAAAAUGUGGUUUAGUCCGCGAAGUAAGAAGGUCAGAUAUGUUGUAAGUAAAAUUUCCGUGCAAACCGAGCCUCACAAGAUAAAUGAUGAAAAUGCUCAGCAGGCCUCAGCAUAUGAGUAUGUUUCCACAAGUCCUCCAGUGGAUGUUUCUGUGAGGGCUAAAAAGUCUUCUGCAAGACCUGGAAAAAGACAGAAAAAGAAAAUUUUAAACAAAAUCAACCAGGAAUGGAAUUUAGAGGCAGACAAAAAAGAUGGUGAACUUGACUCCAAAGAGGAAUCUAAGGAGAAGCUGGUAUCUUUCUGUAUCCAGCCAACCAUCAUUGCCAGCCCUCAGAGAAAUGGUGAAAUAGACUUGCUAGCCAGUGGCUCUGUAGCAGAAGAUGAAUGUUUGGGAAGUUUAACCGAAGUGUCUUUACCAUUGGCUGAGCAUAUAGAGUCUCCAGAAAUUGAGAGCAGGGAUGAAGUAGUGACUCCUGAGAAGAAUCCCUGCGAGAAUGAUCUCACACCUAAGAAACCUGUGCCCGGAGGUCAUAAAGGAAAACGUGGGUGUCGCGGGAGACUGUCCAGUCCCGCGUCUAAGAGAUGUAGGAGCAGCGCUGCCAGCACCGGUGGAGAUGUUGUGGAGCAAACGGUGCUCUCGGAAAACAUCCCGAGGCCUGGCUCUUCCUUGCCACCUUCAAGGAAACGUAAAGUUGGUGACACAGCAAGGAGGAAAAACAGUAGUGUGUUAGAUGAGUCCGUCAGCUCUUCACCAGGCACGCCACCUUCUGCCCUGAACAGUACGAGUCUCAGACGGAUGCUGCCCAGCCCCUCAGCCAUGAGGCUUUCGCCCAGUAGCAACCUUACGGCUGUGAAAAGAAAUCAUAAGGGAGAGACUUUGCUCCAUAUUGCUUCAAUUAAGGGCGACAUACCUUCUGUUGCAUACCUCUUACAAAAUGGAAACGACCCGAAUGUUAAAGACCAUGCUGGAUGGACACCAUUGCAUGAAGCCUGCAGUCAUGGGCACCUGAAGGUGGUGGAAUUGUUACUCCAGCACAAGGCACUGGUGAACACUACUGGCUAUCAGAAUGACUCUCCGCUGCACGAUGCGGUUAAGAAUGGGCACGUGGACAUAGUCAAGCUGUUACUGUCCUAUGGAGCUUCCAGGAACGCUGUUAACAUAUUUGGCCUGCGACCUGUGGACUGUACCGAGAGUGAAAUCAUGAAAUCGCUGUUGCUGCUACCGGAGAAGAAUGAAUCAUCAUCAACUAGCCAUUGCUCAGUAGUGAAUGCUGGUCAGCGUAGGGGUGGACCCUUUGUACUCAUAGGCAGUGGACUUUCUUCAGAACAACAGAAGAAGCUCAGUGACCUUGCAACGAUUCUUAAGGUUAAAAAAUGUGCUGAGUUUGACAGUACAGUAACUCACGUCAUUGUUCCUGGUGACACAGUUCAGAGCACCCUAAAAUGUAUGCUGGGGAUUCUCGGUGGAUGCUGGAUCCUGAAGUUUGAGUGGGUGAAUGCUUGUCUACAAAGCGGAGACUGGGAGCAGGAAGAGAAGUUUGAGGUUCCUGGAGGACCCCAGAGAAGCAGGAUCAACAGAGAACAGCUGUUGCCAAAGCUCUUUGAUGGAUGCUACUUCUAUUUCGGAGGAAUCUUCAAACACCAUCCAAAGGACAACCUCAUUAAGCUCGUCACUGCAGCUGGGGGCCAGAUCCUCAACAGGAAGCCCAAACCUGACAGUGACGUGACUCAGACCAUCAACACAGUCGCGUACCAUGCCAACCCGGACUCCGAUCAGCGCUUCUGCACACAGUACAUCAUCUACGAGGACCUGUCCAGUCAUCGCCCAGAGAGGGUCCGGCAGGGCAAGGUGUGGAUGGCUCCUUCUAGCUGGUUCAUAGAUUCCGUGAUGUCCUUUGAGCUGCUCCCCCUUGACAGUUAAAUACUGCACCGGAUGAGCACUGCAAAUUGAACUUACUGUUUGCUGUUUUGAUCAUUUGCAUUUUCAUAAAUAGAUAGACUCAUUCAUGUAUUUUUUUCCUUGAAUUAAAAAAACCUUAUGUCAGAUUAGGAAUUUAUCCUGUGUUUACCAUUUAGAUGGUGAGUUUGCAUUGAAGGAUUUUCUUUUUAAAACUGACAUAUAUUUUGAUUUAUCAUGUCUUUCUACUCAAAUUAUCAGCUAUCAAAGAUUAAUGAGAGGGUAUUGGAACUAUCGGUUGAUGUACAAGUGGUAUCAUUAAUGCCUCAGCCUUGUAAUGUUUUCUGAUGAAAUAAUCCAUACCUGCCACCAGCAGAAAUACUUGCCAUCCUUUAGUAAACAAAGAAUAGUAUCAAAUAACUUUCUGUGGCUUUAUCGUAAUGAAAGUAGAGUACCUGGCCUACAUGUGUUACCAUAGGUGUUAAAUUCCUCUCUUGUCUACAGUUGUAUUUCAUUUUACAUUGUAUUUAUUUAGUUUUUUAUUAUACUUGGAUGUCUGUACCUGCAUUUUUAUCUCUUACUUUUACCUUGCCUCUUUAUCAGGAAAUCAUGAUUUGAACCAUAACAUUGUUUUUUGGUUGUAAAAAUCAACAUUGGUUUAUGGCACAUAUUUAUCGUAUAUGAUUGCUUAUUGUGAACUAUCAGUGUGCUGCUGUGUUUACAUAUAUGAAUACAUACUUCAAGCGUUUUCUCUAACAUAUUUUAGUAUCUGUAUUUCUUAGAAGGUCUCAUCGGACUUGCAAAUUGUCAAUAAAAUGUUGAUAAAUUAGGAGGCAGUCUUUUCUGGUAGACUUUGCUACCUAUUGCUAAAAUAAUUUUUUGAAGGUUUUAAGUUCUUCCUUCAUAAAGGUUUUUUGUUUUGUUUUUCAUCUGUGGAUUUCUCUGGAGGCAGGAGUUGGGGAUUACUUGAUUUAGAACAGAUUGUAUCCAGAUGACAGCGAAAGGCGUGACAGUAGGUUCAGGCGGAGGCGCGGGGAGAACCUGCUCAGCACAGCGAGGCAGCCGAGGCUGCGGAGGGUGGACGCGGUGCCGCCUGAGGGCGGGGAGCCCCAGGGCGGCCCCUCUCGUCUGCGUGUUCUCGGCAGAUUGCCUCAUUUAAGGACAUUUUUAAAGAAGUCUUAGAAACGGAAUGUUCUCCUGAGAGGAAGGACACGGGCUGGAAACCUCUGUGAGACCGGUCGGUUAGGUGACUCCUGGGCCACAGCACAGUGGGAUAGUCCCUGGCAGAGAGUGUACAGCGAUUCUGAAAUGAAUGGGCAUUUCAACAUCCCUUCAUUUGAAAGUUUGAGAUUCCGCUGAUUGUUCAAAAUAAAUUUUACUUUAAUUUCCCCUUAGACAUAUUACUUUUCCGUAUCAAGAAAUACAUUGUGUGAUUACAGUACUAUACUGCUGACCCUGACCUUCAGGGGUGAAUUAGCUCUGAGACACACUUUCCAGCCAGUAAUGUGUUUGUCCCACAUUUCAUUCCAGUGCAGAAUGAUGAACACCACAGCACCACGCAGAUCCGAGGGGGUUAGCUAAUGUCUGGGUGAAAUGUAAGAGACUCUGGGAUUUGGGUCAUCGUUUUUGAUUUAUACCUGACAUUUCAUCACUUUCUGUGAGCUCAUUGGUCACGUUCCUAGACAGGUUUGUGUCUGUUCCUCCGCUCCGGGUCCGUGUGUAAGAGCACCUUUGGGGAGGUUGCUCGCUUUCACUUACCCCUUUUCUUGGCCUGUGCCCCUCCCUCCUUGUCACAUUUUGUGCCCCACUGGUGAGCAGCUUUAUUUUGGGUUAUUUUAAGUAUGUAUUUUGACAGCAGUUGAUUGAUGUCAAGCUCUCGAAACUUGUACUUUCUGCAUAUGUAUACUUGUAAUUAUUUUCAUUUUUCAAUCAUAGAUUCAAGCUUGCUUUUAUUUGCUGAAACCAUUAAACGUUAUUUGUGUUUCUGUGUCUUCUAUAGAAGUGUUUUAUUCUAUAUUCCUGAAGAAUGAGACUCAGAAAGACUUUGAGGACAUCUUUCAGCUAAUAAAAACUUGCCUUUUUUAGCUCU